AUGCACGUUCUGACGAAGGGCAGCCCAGAAUCAAGGCCCGCCCAAGGUGGCCUGGCUGGUGUUGAGCGAGCUGCGGUGUUAUCAUCUGAUGUCACUGGAUCUGUCGGAUGGAGUUGUAGAGCAGUGCUGGGCCGCUCUGGUUGGGCGCCGGUCACGGGACUGCGCAUCGGGUUCGCGUGGGCGGGAGAGAGAGAGAGAGACAGGGUUGCUGUUGUUUACCCUCUGGAGCUCGAUGGACCGUGUCGAGCCUCCACAAGUGAUGAGCAAAGACUGGACCCAGACAGGGAAUCGACGCAGGAAAAAAAAGGUUCAUCAAAGGAUCAGUGUCUCCAGUCUGACAUCACGAUUGGCCCCAGGAGGGCAAGGCAGGGGCGGGUCCAGAAUCUUUCCCAUGCUCAGGCUGCAGUUCGAUUAGACACGGGCACGGGGGCAGACGCCUGGUCUGUAACCCUCACAGGUCCUGUUGUGAUUUCCUGGGCUCGGCGAGAAGGAUUUCGUGAUGAACCCCGCAGUUGCGAUUCCACGACAGGCUCAAAACUCCCUACAACUGGCUGGCACACCCAUGGAGCUGUGACGCAGCUGAGAGAUCAUAUCACCGACAUGGUUCGACCCCACCUGGAGUCUCAGUCGUGCAGUAGUGGCGCAGGCUAA